GCCCGGGUGAGAGAGUUAGUCAGUGAAUAGGAGGUGUGGACUGUGAUAGGACGUACAUGUGUAAAAGGCGUGGAUUUACGUGAAUUUUUGUUCCUCGUGUAAAGAAAACGACACCUGAAAUUCGGUGUUCCUCUCUCCUACAGGGCGUUCCUCUCUUCUACAGGGCGUUCCUCUCUCCUACAGGCUGUUCCUUCACCCUGAUGGUGCCUAGGGCUUAACACCGCCAUGUCGUCCUUCUUUGUACUCCUUCUAGUCUGCUGUGUGGCCGCGGAGUUGGCGGUACGUCCCCCAAAGCUUAACGUCGGACAGGAGGUGGUGAUCAAGACAGAGAAACAAAAGGACUUCGAACUGCGCUGUGAGGGGGACAAGGCGCUGGAUUGGGAUAUUUCGGCUCCUGAAGAUUAUGCUGAGAUCGAGUCAGAGGAAGAUGAUGAUGGAGAGUACCCUUAUGUAUCCACUCUGACAGUCGUCAGCACAGCUGUAGAAGACACUGGGUUUUAUCGCUGCCACUACGACACGUAUACAAGUCUUGAGAAGGACCAGAACAAUGUAGCAAGCACGUAUAUCUAUGUCUAUGAUGGGAAACAUGACUUAGUGGACAACACAACUAAGUUUGUAAGUGUGAACACAAAUGAAAGGCUGGUACUGGGCUGCCGCACCACGCUACCUGCCACAAGGCUACUGCUGCACAAAAACGGUGCACUGGUUGACACCUCAAACACCCACAGAAUCCGCUGGGAUUCGAAGAUUGGCUUUACUCUCCUGAGCCUCACCAUUCAUGACUCUGGAAUGUACAACUGUCGGUCUGAGUCGACUGGCGAGGUGCAACAGUACCAUGUCAAUGUGUCUCCCGCCUCUUCAUUGCUGGGGGACCCAAUCAUCGACGAGACCCCUGACCCACACUACACUGUUGGACAUCCCUUCUCCCUGAACUGCACAGUGGUUGAGGGGCGGGAUAAGACCACCCUGAGUUGGUCGUACCCUAACACUGCUGCUCAGUACAACUCGUCUACAGUUGAGGUGGGGACGUCAAUCGUCAGCACCUUGGUUGUUCCAUCAGCAACUCUGCAGGACUCUGGGGUGUAUACCUGUACUGCCUCCGACUUGACACACUCCACCAAAGACUCUCUCACCAUUGCCAUAAAAGAUUCACUGGAGCCGUAUGUCAGAAUCAACAGUACAAACCUAAUCAGUGUGAAUGAAACCAAAAAAGCAGACAUCAGGUGGAAAGCCGAGGUUUAUUCCUUCCCAUCAAACCCAACUAUCACUUAUCAGAACUGGCAAGGUGACAUAUUGACGGACAGUGAGAGGAUCAAGAUAUACGUUGAACCUGGAAAAGUGUCCCACUGGUUUAUCAUUAAGAACUUUACCGCCAGUGACUUUGGGGAAUACACCAUCACAGCCACCACCAGGGACAAGACUGCCUCCAGUAACAAAUCUGUCACUUUCGAAAUACACAGCGCCCCAAAGGUAGAGUUACAUGACGUGCCGCAGUAUGUGUGGCCGCAGACCAAGCUUCAGGUCGUCUGCCGGGUGCAAGGCUUCCCACUCCCUUCCAUCAGGUGGGAAUUUCAGCCUUGUGUCAACGGGCCUCUUUCUUGCACCCAUUAUGAGAAUAUUGAGAUCACUGAAGGAUCCCUGAAGCAUCGUGAGCCUGGCAAUGUGGUGGAGAGUCUUCCCUCCCUCACUGCUGAGUCCUUAGGGUACCUGCGCUGUGUGGCCAACAACACCUUAGGCUCUCACAGUGCCACAACCCCUGUUACUAUCUCAGAUAUUGGAGGCCUGCACGUUCUGAACCACACAGGUCUCUCCUCCCAAGCGCUCACUCUGAUAGAAAAUGACGACUUCCUGCUGAGCUGUGGUGCCAACAAGCUCCACUAUGGGAAUGUGACGCUGCGGACUCCCCCAGGCUUUUUGGGUCAAGUGAAGGAGAGGGACACCAAUUACUCGUUCGUGCAGGAGGUGAAGGUGCAGAGGGUGACAAAGGCAGUGGAGGGAAAGUAUGAGUGCGUUGCUGUUCUGUACGGGGGGAAAGAGGAGAUAAAGGAGGUGAAUGUUGGUGUUAUAGCUGAGGUUAAAGUGCAUUUCAAAAAUGAUUCCAACAUGGCCGAGAAUAAAACGAUGAAUGUGAAAACAGGUGAAGAGUUAUUUCUCAACUGUACUGUUUUUGGUACACCGGCACCCAAGGUGACAUGGAUGAAGAACGACAACCCACUGACUAACGCGUCUGACUUCUUCGACAAUGAGAGAACGCUGCUUUCCAAGGAUGGGCAGAGGAUAGAGAUUAAGGUGCUGAGGAAGAAGGAGCACGAGGGUGUCUACACCUGCAGGGCAGAGAACAGAAUGAAUGCUGUGGUUGGAAAACUCAAGCUUAGUUUUGCUUUUGACAAGGGCCUCACCACAUCAGCCAAGAUUGGACUGGCGGUGGCGUGCUUCGGCAUUGCUGUCCUCAUCAUCACCGUCGUCAUCCUUUUCAAGCGAGUCAAAACCGAACGCAAGUUUAGAAAAUCCUUCCGGGCGAAUGAACUGUACCUGUUUGAGAAGGGCAACAUUGGCCAGCUGAACCCCGACUGCUCUGCUGACGAGCAAGCUGAACUUCUCCCUUACGGCCAGGAGUGGGAGGUGCCUCGGGAGAGCAUAUCCCUAGGCAAGCAGUUGGGUUCUGGUGCGUUUGGGCGUGUGGUGAAGGCCAAGGUGACAGAUCUGGAGGGUCCGGGCACCACUACUGUUGCCAUCAAGAUGUGCAAGAGCCAGGCGGAGCAGUCUCAAGUCCGUGCCCUUGCCCUGGAGCUGAAGAUCAUGAUUCACCUGGGCAAGCACCUCAAUAUUGUCAACCUGAUGGGGGCCAACACAGUGCACAUUGGGAAAGGAGAACUGUGGAUCCUGGUGGAGUACUGUCGGUUUGGCAACAUCCUUGUGUUCAUGCAUCGCCAUCGCAGGAACUUCAUAAACCAGAUCGACCCAAACACUGGCCACAUUGACAUCAACAAGAUGACGCCGGACACUAGCAGCGUCACCUCCCCCUUCUCCCCCGCUGGCAGCUGGCGUCUUGACAACUCCAGAGGCAGUAUCAGUCACAACAGGGUCUCAGCCACACAUGGUCCUUUCCCUCAGUCACCACCUCACUCAGGGACACCACAAGCACACAACCCCAUGUACAACGCAAGUAGUGGAGGGCAUUUCCUGUGGCCAGGCAAUGCUAACCCCACAGAGGCAGCCAGUUCGGAUGUCUCGGAGUCUUGCUGUGAGGAUCUGAAGAGUCCAGCCACCACCAUCAGCACAGCAAGUGAUGAACGCACUCAAAACCUGUAUUUCACGUCCACCUCCGGCUCCAGUGUGUCGCACGGCCCCAUGUCAGAGGCUGCACUGCUGGAUUCACACGGCAAGACAAUGGCACAUGAGGUGGGGAGUGUGCCGGGAGUCAACACACCCUUCACCACCAGUCAUCUUGUGAGCUGGGCCUGGCAGGUGGCUCAUGGCAUGGACUACCUAGCCAGCAGGAAGGUGCUCCAUGGGGACCUGGCUGCCCGCAACCUUCUCCUGGCCGAUGAUAAUGUGGUGAAAAUCAGUGAUUUUGGUCUGUCUCGGGAUAUGUACAAGAAAGACAUUUACAUGAAGAAAUCUGAUGACCUCAUGCCCAUCAAGUGGAUAUCGGUGGAGGCAAUAAGGGACAGGAUCUUCAGCGUUCAGAGUGACGUAUGGGCAUUCGGUGUCACCCUAUGGGAAAUCUUCUCCUUGGGCACCACUCCUUACCCUGGGAUAGAGGUGGACAAGGACUUCCUGCCACUCCUGGAGGAUGGCUAUAGGAUGCGUUGUCCUAAAUAUGCCAACCAGGAAAUCCUCUUUGUCCCCUCAGCUCACGACCUUUUGCUGGAGUGCUGGGACGCUGAGCCAAUGGACAGGCCCUCUUUCAUGGAAGCACUCCAUCGCCUGGGCUCCCUCAUGCAGCCUGAUGUCAAAGAGGAGUACCUCAACAUGAAUGACCAGUACAUGAGGAUGAAUGAGGAGAGAUUCAAGGAGCAGCCUGACUACCUUAACAUGCUGACACCUCCUGAUUACGAGAACAUGACCAACAAGGUGCCAGAUGACGACACCAAGCCUCACUAUGUCAACAUGGAGGUGGCAGGUGGUGACAGAAGGGACACCACAAGCAGCCAGCACCACGCCACCAUUCAGUCCCCAGAGAUGGUCAGUUACUGCAAUCUGAAUCUGCCUGCCAGCCCUGCCUCACCAGCCCCUCAGACCACCCCACACUACCUCCCCAUGGAUGGCGCAAGACACUCCCCAAGCCCCGAGGAUGAUGUCUUCACCCCUGGCCCAGAUGAACACACCGGAUUCACGUUUGCAAAGGGUGGAGACAAAUCCUCACCAAAUAAAGAAGACAAAAAUGCCAGUCCUGCAAAAUGAGUGAAGCAAAAGGAAAGAAUUUUGAUGCAGAAAACUCCUCUCUCAUUGUCAAUUGCCACGACAACACCUAGCUGGUGAUGAAGUGGUGAUGCUAGGUGGUGAUAAUGUAAUGUUCUCUUCACCAUAUUCUCAUCACACUCAGCACUCACAAUUAUUAAUAGUACUUAAAUAUACUGGAUAAAUAUUGUUUGUCAUUUAGAAAGGAUGUGGGAUGUGAAAAUAUAUAUGGUUGCAUUCUCAGUCUUUCAUCACUUUCAUCAUUCAUCACUUUCCUCAUUCACCACAGUAUUUGUAAGUUUAUAAGAAAGUAUGAUUUUUUGUACAAAUAGACGCAUAGUUAAAUGUUGUGUACUAUCUUGUCAGUCAUCACUCACAUCAUCACUCACCACAUUUUUAUCACUCACCCACACAUUCACCUCUCAUCAUCCCUCAUCAUCCCUCACCACCCAGUCACAUUUAUCACUCGCCACAUUUACCUCUCAUCAUCACAAUAUACCAAAUAAUUCUAGUUUAGUAGGUCCUCAUGUCUGCAUUUUUAACCCAGCACUUUUAAUUUUAGACAAUGACAUGGGCUGUGGUGAACCAGUGUGUGGUAUGGGGCCUUACUGUGGGUGUGUGUGUGCCCAGCUGUGGUGUGCCUAAGCUCCUGUGUUGUAGGAGAGUGAUCCAUAAGACUGCCCCUUUCCACUUCCACGAGGGGCUGACAGGCCAAAGAGUGUGAAUGAUGAGUGUGUUAGUGUCUGGUGCCUUGUCUGGGGUGCCCUGUGUGGGAUUACCAGCCUGAUAUACUAUGAAUAGAAUGUUUUAUUCUUAUUUCUGUUUGUCACCUUGUACAUUCCAAGUGCCAGUAAGUAAGUGAGUUGCUCAGUGCUCAUAAUGAAAACAAUACUCAAGAUUAAAGGAAGAAUUUAAGUUUAUUACACGAAGAUUCUUUUGAUUUGUUUGAUUAUCUUUAUUCCAGCUUGUCUCCUGUUUCUGAAGCAAUAAAAUGUUCCUUCUACA